AUGAUUACAGAAUCUAGCUAUGAGUAAUGGAUGAAGAUUCAAUACAGCUACUUUAUGCUUGGAUUGAUGAAAUUGUUCUCUCCCGACCCAAGAGAAACAUAACUCGAGACUUUAGCGAUGGAGUACUGGCCGCUGAGACUAUAGCCCACUUUCUGCCGAAUUUGGUGGAACUACACAAUUACACUCCAGCAAAUAACUCUCAACAGAAGAGAACCAAUUGGGAAACUCUUAACAGGAAAGUUUUCAAGAAGUUUGACUUCAAUGUUCCACCAAACAUUAUAAAUGGCAUCAUCUUGUGCAAGCCUGGAGUUAUCGAGAUUGUUCUACACAACCUGCGUGUUAAGAUCCUGAACUAUAAGAAGCAACAAGACCAGGAAAGUGAAAUUGAUCUGAACGAACUCAACGCUGAGACUGACUCGUGGAGCAAUGGGCACCAGAAUGCCUAUUAUCAAAACAUGCCAGCAGGUCCACAAAUGGGACCAGGUCAACAAUACCAAGCUCAACACCCAGUCCAGCACCCUGUCCAGCACCCUGUCCAGCACCUCCCCCAACACUACCCCACCUCCCAGCUGUACAGCAACCCUGAGGGUGGUCACGUGACCAGACAUCCUAACCAGCCUGCUCAUCCUAACUUUCCUAAUAGACAGGAGUCACGAUAUACACCCAAAUUGCCAGUCGUCAAACAUGUGAAUCAUUCAAAUCGAUAUGUCAUCUCAAGUGCAGUAUCACACAUUCCCAUCUCAAGUGCAGUGUCACGCAUUCCCAUCUCAAGUGCAGUGUCACGCAUUCCCAUCUCAAGUGCAGUGUCACGCAUUCCCAGCUCACCCUGUCACACAAUUGUAAGUAAGGCUGAUCAGCAAUCCAAUGGUGCGCUUGCAACGAUUCCUUUCGAUGGAGAACAAGUUAAAAAGAAGAAGACGCCUAAAAAGAAGAAGACUCCCGUAUCGACUCAAAGUCCUGCUAAGUUAGCUAGCACGGAAAGAUCAAGGUCGAUGCCCAGUUCUUUGGCUCACUUAGACCACGAAUCUAGAAUCUACAUUCAGGAACGGGAACAAGCUCUUCUCCAGAGUCAGGAAACAACACAAAUUCUCCAAAGCAAAAUCAGCCGAUUGGAACAUCUUUUGCAACUAAAAGAUCUUCGGAUUGAAGACUUGGACAUGAGACUUAAGGCUGCUCUUGGAGGUCGGCCAAUGAGAUGAAAUUAAAAUAUGGACAAAUUAAGUUGUGAAUGCAAAGAUUUGAAAAUAUUUUAUGUAUUAGGACGAAUAGGCACAGGUUGCCGCACGAUUUAGUUUCUGUAAAAUAAAUGCAUGUAGUUUGAAGGACGUUCAGAUUAUUGACGAAGACUGAUCGGUUUAGACACGACCUAGUUGCUGCGCAUGUUGAGAAGUCAAUUGCAAGGACCUAGCAUUUAUUAGAUUCGGAGUAUUAUUUUCCUGGACCUUUUAGUAGUAAUGCUAAACAAUCAAUUACUUUCGAAAAUUCA